UUGUUUUUUGCUUUUUUUAUUCAGAAAAUAAAAUGUUAAAAUUUUUAGCAUCAAUACUGAACUUACAGUAUGAAGCUGUUGUAUCUAUAUGGAAGGUUUAUUGGUUUUUUGUUUACUCCAUUUUUAUAUCUGUUGUAAUCUAUGGUGCAUUCUUCAUGCUCUACCUCCCAUCUCCUGAGCACAUUAAGCCUGUACAUUUUAAAUACAAUUUUAGUUGUGAAAACUCAAAUCAAGUGUGUUCCUAUCCAACUGCCAUCGUAUCCUUACAUGAUUUCUAUAAGCCCACUAAAGAAGCCAUACGAGUCCUUAGCAGAGGUCAAGAGUAUAUGAUCAAUGUUCAACUGGAUAUGCCCUUCUCUGAAGAGAAUAGAAAUUUGGGUAUGUUUUUAUCAAAGAUAGAUAUACUCAACAAAGAUGGGAAAAUUUUGGCUUCCUCUGAAAGAUCUAGUUUGUUUACAUAUGAAAGUAACUUGUUAAGCAUUAUAAGCACUUUCUUCUUUAUAUUUCCAUUGUUAUUUGGUUUUCAAGAACAAAAAAGAUGGAUGGAAGUGGUUCUUUUGGACAGUUUUAUUGACUCUUCGUAUGAACCAGCAGAAGUUGCAAAGAUCACCAUUUAUUCUAAACGUAUACAGUUCUAUUCAGCACGCUUAAGAAUCAAAGCAGUAUUUUCUGGUAUUAGGUAUUACAUGCAUCAGUGGCCAAUCACAUUUAGUUUUUUUGCUUUUACAAAUAUUCUUGCCGUCGUAACCAUGGUGUUUCUAUGGCGCAGAGGAAAUAAAAAUGAAGAAAUACAACUUGAUCUUGCUGAUGAUUUAAGUGACAGCGAUGAUGAUGUGAACGAAGAAACUGACAAUAAAGAGCUUACAGAUGAAAAUCUGUGUUUAGACGAAAAUGAAGAUGAUAGCGAUUCUAAUAACGUAGAGAUUGAGGAGAUUGAUGGUGGCAGUCGCUUGGGUGGUCGGGAAAUUUGUCAAUGAAGAACAGUGAAUUUUAUGAAAUAUAUCUUUAGGGUUGAUCAACCUUUGUGUGAAAGGAAUUUAUUAAUAUGAAGUUAAUUUUUAUAUAAAACACUUUAUAUAUAAUGUUAAAAGUAUUUUAAAAAAAAUAAUAUAUCAGAUUUUAACAUUUUUACAUGAUCAUUCUUUAGUGCCUCUUUAUUACUUUUCUUUUAAUUUUAAAAUCUUAUUUGCAUUCUUCCUGAUGUUUAAUGCAAGGAACGAAUCGAAUGUGUUUUUUAUAAUUUCCGGUGUUUUUUCGUUUCUUUGUUAUUCAAGCAAGAUUUCUUGGUUUUCAAGCGAGAUUUUAGCAAAAUAAUGGUCUUUCUUAAAGCUUGGAAAACGCUUUCGUUUGGAAAAAACUAACGCUUGGAAAAUGUAAAACACGCAUUGUAGAGGCGGUUUUUCUUGACAAACCUUUAAUCUAAAUAAAGUUAAAAACAAAGUUA